AUGAUCGACGGUGGUGAUGAUAGUGAUUAUUUGUCAGCUAGCGAAACAUUAAAUGACGAUAAUUAUGUUCCACAAACAGCAGCGAAAAUUCGACAUACAUUAUCACUUAAUAAAGAAAAAAUAGCACCACUUGCUACAGAAUGGACUUUUUGGCUCGAUAAUCAAAAGUCAAAAUUUACAACAAAAGAAGACUAUGAAGCCGGUCUUAAAAAAAUAUUUUGUGUUCAAACUGUUCAAGAAUUCUGGAGUGUUUUUAAUAAUAUUCCAACACCAAGUCGAUUACCAAAUCGAGUUAGUUAUCAUUUGAUGCGAAAAAAUCGUAAACCACUUUGGGAAGAUCAAGAAAAUGAAAAUGGUGGUAUAUUUACAUAUCGUUGCCCGAAAGAUAAAACAAAUACUGUUUGGCAAGAAUUAUGUUUAGCUGCAAUUGGUGAACAAUUUUCGGAAGAUGAUAGUGAUGAUGUUGUUGGUAUCAGUGUUCAAUCACGUGAUGGUAUGCAAGAUCUUGUACAAAUUUGGAAUUCAAAUCCGAGUGAAGAAGCUCAAAAAAUAAUUGAUGAAAAAGUUAUUAGUCUUUUUCCUAAUAUAUCGUUUCCAAUUAAAUUCUAUAAAGCAAAUUCAUCGCAUGCUAAUUUUGAAGCUGGCAAACAACAAAAAUCGAAAUAUUCAUCAUAA